AGCUAAAACACAACAGUUAUUGAAACUGAAAGCCAAAAUCAUUGAAGAUGUUGAAAACAGUGAUCAAGAAGAGAAGUGCUUACAAGAGUACAAGCAGGAAAUGGACUUACUCAUGCAAGAAAAAAUGGCUCAUGUAGAAGAACUUCGGCAGAUUCAUGCAGACAUCAAUGCAAUGGAAAACGUGAUCAAAAAAGCAGAGGAGGCUCGAGGUCGAAAUUUAGAUCGUGCAAAACGAAUUUACGAGGAAUAUCGGCCGUUGAAAAAUGAUGUUGAUCGAUUGCGCAGGGAUUAUCUAGGGUUGGAACGACUUCCUGAACUGCAUGAAGAGGAAUCAGACAUCAUAAAGCCAGAGUUGUUUGCUCAAAACUAUUAUGAAAAACCUUUCAAGCCUCCAUCAGAUUGGAGUCGUGGAACGACAAGUGCUGCUUUGGCAAGUUUCACCCAUGCGCAUCAAGCUGUAGCAGCAGCUGCAUUUCUCACGCCGUCUCAAUUGUCUCUGAUUCCGGGUCCAAGUAAAACACCUGACAGCAGACCAAUCCCUCCAAUGCCAGCUCCAACAUUCCGACAACAGCCUCCGCCAAUGAAAUCCUGCUUGUCAUGUCAUCAGCAAAUUCAUCGCAACGCACCCAUCUGUCCCUUGUGCAAAGCAAAAUCACGAAGUCGCAAUCCGAAAAAACCAAAGAAAAAAGAUUAAAGUUGACUCAGGUCAAGCAACUCCAGUAUGGGCAUUUCAAUCAUCGUUCCUCAAUAAUCAUGACUUUUCUGGCAUCUCCCGCGGAUUCCUGUUUGGCCGGAACUUAGAUUGUUAUUCUUAUUUUACAUGUUUUUAUUCAAUACUUAAACAAGUAUGUAAAGUUUUUGAGUUAGUAGUUUUCAUGUCGUAAUAAGUGUGUUGUAAUAUUGCCCUGUGGAAUUUUUUGCGUUGAUAUACCUCUGUAAUCAGUAUAUCUGAAUGUAAGCAAAAAAUUGCAAGUGAUUGUCUGUCACUUGUCCACCUCCUUUUGGGUGAUAUUGUAUGUCUGAAUCAUUUCUUUGGUUCUUGUUGCUUAGCUCAGUAAGAGCUCUUUUUUUUUUGUAUCUUUGUAAGGACUACGUCCAACCCUUCAGUCUGUCGGUUCCAUGACAAUUUAUUCUGCUAAUAAGUAGAAAUACCUUAUGCUUUCAACCAAUUAGAAGUGAAGGUUUCUCCAUCAUCUUCUAAUCGCUUGAAACAGGGAAUAGAUUCAACAAAUCAAAAAACUAAGACUUCAUCCAGCAUAAAUUCUUUCGAAGUGUGUGUGGGUUAUUGAGCUUAUGCUUGUGCAUUGGACUCCUUAGCCAAUUGUGUCACCAAUGCCAUAUCCCAUGUAACUGAUUGUGUCAUAAAUUAUGUAUAGUUAUAAUUAUUUUAAUGAAAGUAACUAGUGAAUUCAAAUGAAGAAAAAUCGAAUCCGGUAGUCUUCAAGUCAAAACUAUAAUCAGACCAAAGUUUUUCUUUUCUUUCUCUUAAUGCCUUCAUUUUCUACCCUGUAAGGUAGAUUUCAUAUCUCAAAAAAAUGAAGAGAGAGAAAAAAAAAGAAUGAAAUGCAAGGCAGCCCACCUAUAAUCUCAAGAAACGCCUUGAAAGAAAGUUGUAAAA